CCGGUUUAAUAUUAAUUCUGGCUGAACUCCCCUCGUUCCUGUGUCGUUCUUGACUUAUUGCAGAGAUAUUUCCAUCCGCUGUCAAUGGAAGGAACCGAGAAACGAUACCGAGCCGGUCCGGGCCGAACCGAGCCAAGUGGAGCUUCGUGUGACAGCGGAACCCAGACUGACAGCAGAGUACAAGGUCAUGGCCCCAGGUUAUCAAAGGUAAACCUGUUCACCUUGUUGAGCUUGUGGAUGGAGCUGUUUCCACAGGAGGAGUCUGAGGAGGAAGACCACGGCCAGGUCCACAGGUUGGGUCUAGUCGUGGUACAGGAUGGCAAAGUUGUCGGACUCCAUUGUUCGGGACCGGAGCUCCACGCAGGACAGGCCGCCAUCAUCCAGCAUGGCCCCCGUUUGAGCGACUGCCACUUGUAUUUCUCCAGGAGACCCUGCGCUACGUGUCUAAAGAUGAUCAUCAACGCUGGAGUCAGUCAGAUCUCCUUCUGGCCCGGUGACCCUGAAAUCAGCAUACUGAGCUGCACCUCCACAAUCCAGUCCAACCCCCACAAUCCCUCUGGCUGCAUCUCAGAGGAGGCGGCGCUGGACGCCGUGGCUACAGAGAAGCUAAAGUCAAACAGCCGUCCUCACAUCUGUGUGCUGCUGCAGCCGCUGGCUCACAGUCUGGCUCAGUUCAUCACCGAGACGUCCAGAGAGUGUGACUUCAUGGAGAGAGUGAGGGACGACCAGCCAGGCCUGGACACACACCAGCUCUACAACAAAGAGCGGCUCAGACACCUGAAGGACUUCUCCGCACUCUUCCUGGUGGAGACGUCUCUGCAGCACCGACAGAUUCUGACCCACAUGGGUUUGGAGAACUUCUGUGUGGAGCCGUACUUCUCCAACCUGAGACACAUGAUGAGGGAGCUGGUGGAGGUGCUGGCUGCCGUGGCUGCGGGAGUGCCGGACCAGCACCACGGCUUCUACAGGGAGCAUUCGACCCCCGAGGCGCCACGAGGGAAGACCUCACGGCCUCUUCUGCAGGAGGAACUGUCCCAGGAAGUGGCUCGACACUGUGUCAUCCAAGCCAGACUGCUGGCUUAUAGAACAGAGGAUCCUAAAGUAGGAGUGGGUGCAGUCAUCUGGGCCAAACGACACUCGGCCGGCAGCGAUGGAACGGGGCGCCUCUACCUGGUCGGUUGCGGGUACAACGCUUACCCAGCAGGCUCUCAGUACGCCGAGUACCCACAGAUGGACGCCAAGCAGGAGGACCGACAGAGACGCAAGUACAGAUACAUCAUCCAUGCGGAGCAGAACGCUCUCAUAUUCAGGACUCGAGACAUCAAACCGGACGAGCCCACCAUGAUGUUUGUGACCAAAUGUCCGUGUGACGAGUGCGUCCCUCUGAUCAGAGGAGCAGGGAUCACCCACGUCUACACCACGGACCAGGACAGAGACAAGGUCAAAGAGGACAUCUCCUACCUGAGGUUCAGCAGCCUGAAGAACGUCAGCAAGUUCAUCUGGCAGAAGAAACCAUCUCUUCUCACCACAUCCUUCCCUCCCCUGGCCAACGGACACAUCCGGAAGCACAGAGAGGCUGACGACGAGGAGAGCGGCAGCAGCAAGAAGCUUUGCACCAGCAGAUCUCAGAACUCCACCACGAGCUGAGCAGAGAGAUCCACCAUCGAACCAAAGACACGACCACAUCCUGGCUAAAGAUUUGAUAUUUAUGAUAAAUAUUCCUUUUUAAAUAUCAAAUCUGCACACAGGAAGUAGUAUUUAUUGCGCUUUUGUGCAGGACUGGGGUUGGAUUUGUGAAUCAUGCUUUAGGAUUGUUGGAUCUGCUGCAUCUUCAGGAGUUUUUCCAGACGGCACCCAUCCGAUCUGACGCUCUUAUCCCCUUUUUUAAAUCCAGUUCUGAAGACGCUGACAGUGAGGAAGAGGAGGAAGACCAGUCAGGAUGGACGAGGUGAAGGACUCGUGCUUAUUUUGCACAGAAAAUACCAGAAAUCAACCGUAGCAUAGAGUAAUACAAAUAAUUUAUAUGAAACAUUCACAUAUACUUGGACAUGUGCAGACGUUUUUAAUGAAAAUCAGAGCUGUUUAUUUAAAACAGUGAUACUCGUGUGGUUCUUUGAUGUAUUCAUUUUAAAUAUUCUCCCAGAAAACCUUUAAAAGGGACCACUUCUUUGCCCUUUUUCACAUUUUUUGCCACUUUUAUCCCAUUUAAGCUGCAUUCUGCUUUUAAAUACCACUAGCUUCUUAUUUUUUUGCCAUUUUUUUGCACCUUCUCUUUGCCACUUUUUCCAUUUUUGCCCUUUUCACAAUUUUAUGCCAAUUUUUGUCACUUUUCCCUCAUUUUUUUGCCACUUUGACUGUUUUUGCUACCUGUAAUUCAUUUUUUUGUAACUUCUCACUAAUCUCUACUUUCUGACCCUUUUUUUCCACUUUUCUUCCCAUUGUUACCCAUUGUCACCUAUUUAUGCCAACUUUAACUCAUUUUUAUUGCUACUUCAGCUACUUGCAAAGGUAUUUUACAACACUUUGGCUCUUUGGUUGAGCAGGGUUGAGUGACACUGAUUUAAAAGAUAGAGACUAGAGUGAAUCACUCUGCGAUGCUCCUUAAAUGCUCAAAUGUGACCUGACGAGUGCAGACUUCAUGAGCUCUAAGUUCCCUUUUUUUUUCCCUAGAUUUAUUUCUGGGCCUUUUCAUGCCUUUAUUUUAUAGAGGAAGGACAGUGGAUAGACUCGCAAACAGGGAAGAGAGUGGGGAGAGACAUG